AUGGCCCCCAUACCAGUCCAUUCUGCCUCGCCCAUAAACACCAACCUCCCAUCGCAUCCUCUCGGUGUACUGACGCCCAGCACUGCCGCCGCUCGGUAUACGCCUUUAGACGAUGAUUGCCAGCCAACAUCCACAAGCCGUUCCAGCGGUCCCUUAUUCUCACAGCAGCCUGCGCAACCUGGAGCGCCGGCAGUCCCGCAACCAACCAACACGUUAGCCAGCGGUUACAACAAUAGAUAUGAAGCGACGCCCACUUCAACCAACACGACAACCACAUCCGAAGUCAGCCCUCCACCACCACAGCCAGGUGCAGUGCCCUCACCUUUUACCAGUCGUUCACCACACUCCACCGUACCCCUUCCUCCACAGCCCCUCGAAAUCCCACGGUACCAACCAGGGUUGUCGCCACACGCAUCCCCACAGCGUCAGAUGGUUGUCCCGGUACAAGCACAAACUCCCACACACUCCCGCCCACUGCCCAUUCAAUCCACGUCGUCCACCGCCUACAUGCCAUACACGGCGACCCGUUCCAUCCCACCUGCAGGCGUAACUUCCACCACCACAAGUCCCAGCUACAACUCCUCGCAGCCUCAGGACCUCUCCCACCCGCCAGGGUAUCAACAAGACCAUCAUAGCUCCUUUGACGACAAACCCGUCGAAUCGUGCCAAGAGAACGACUACCGCGCCACCCUUUCCCCACUAUCAUACUCGAAAAGAGGUGGCAUAUUGGACGGAGAAUGGGGCGGUUAUGGCUCGGAAGACAGCGACUCGAACGGGACGGUCGUGAAGACGGCCAUGUUGUGGGCGAGGGCCGCGGGCAAAAGACUGAGUGCGACGGAAAGGCAGAUAUGGAAGCAUAUCAAUGGCGAAGAUGAUAUUUGA